UCAAAUUAAAUAUAUAUUAUCUAAUAGUACCGCCCUUGAUAUCGAUAGAAUCGAUAUUAGACUCGGUUCACUCAUUCCUCGUUGUGUCACCGUUCACAGGCGUAAGCUCACUAUGAGAAACCAUUCCCUUUAAAACACGAUGACCGGGCAUCUUUUCCCUUUCCUUUGACGAAACAUCCCAAAAUGCUCAAUGAGGUUUCACCUGUGCUAAAAGAUGGCGGAGUCGGACGGUGUGGCUACUUCAUUGUCACAUUCACAGAGCAGUAUGGCUAGCAAGAAUAGCACCCUGCGCUGCACAGUUUCAGCCCCCAGCCACAGUGCCACCCUCCUCCGGGGCUUGUCGGUAUUACGGGCUCAAGGCCAACUUCUUGAUGUGGUGCUGGCCAUCAAUGAGGAGCGCUUCCAGGUCCACAAAGCUGUGCUGGCCGCUUGUAGUGAUUACUUCAGAGCCAUGUUCACUGGAGGCAUGAAGGAGUCCAAUCAAAAUACUAUUGAGCUGAAAGGUUUGUCCGCCCGAGGGCUGAAGCACAUCAUCGACUUUGCUUACAGCGCGGAAGUCACUUUAGAUUUGGACUGCAUUCAGGAUGUCCUCGGAGCAGCUGUCUUCCUCCAGAUGGUCCCCGUUGUGGAGCUCUGCGAGGAGUUCCUCCAGUCAGCGAUGAGCGUUAAGACAUGUCUGCACAUCGAUCAGAUGGCCACCAACUUCAGCUUAUCCUCGCUCAAGGCGUCGGUGGAUGCUUUUACUUUUCGCCACUUCCUCCAAAUUGCCGACGAGGAGGACUUCCUGCACAUUCCCAUGGAGCGUCUCGUCUUCUUCCUGCAGAGCAACAAACUGAAGAACUGCAGCGAGAUCGAUCUCUUCCACGCUGCUAUCCGAUGGCUCCAAUACGACGACUCCCGUCGGGCGCAAGCCAGCAACGUUCUCUGCCACGUGCGAUUCCCACUCAUGCGUUCAUCCGAGCUGGUGGACAGUAUUCAGACGGUGGACAUCAUGGUGGAGGACGUCCUGUGCCGUCAGUAUCUACUCGAGGCCUUCAAUUACCAGAUUCUUCCAUUCCGGCAACACGAAAUGCAGUCGCCACGCACGCACAUUCGUUCCGAUGUCAUGUCUUUCAUCACUUUCGGCGGGACCCCGUACACCGACAACGACCGCACGGUGAGCACCAAGGUGUACUAUCUCCCCGACGUUGCUUCCCGCCAAUUCAAGGAGCUAACCGAGAUGGACGCAGGGUGCAGCCACGCCUGCGUCGCCGUGCUUGAUAACUUUGUUUACAUCGUCGGUGGGCAGCAUUUACAGUAUCGAAGCGGCGAAGGCGCGGUGGAUAGCUGUUUGCGCUUCGAUCCGCACUUGAACCAGUGGCUGCGUAUACAACCAAUGCAGGAAGCCCGCAUUCAAUUUCAACUCAAUGUCUUAAACGGGAAACUUUACGCCACUGGAGGGCGAAAUCGAUCCGGCAGUCUCUCGUCUGUGGAGUGUUACUGCCCGAAAAAAAAUGAGUGGACAUGUGUGGAACCGUUAAAACGCAGGAUUUGGGGUCACGCAGGGACCCCCUGCGGGGAAAAACUGUACAUCUCCGGUGGUUAUGGCGUCUCUUUGGAUGACAAAAAAACUCUCCACUGUUAUGACCCCGCGUCCGGCCAGUGGGACUUCAGAGCCCCCAUGAACGAGCCGAGAGUGCUUCAUGCCAUGAGCUCUAGUAAGGAUCGCGUCUACGCUUUGGGUGGACGCAUGGACCACGUGGACCGAGGUUUCGACGUGCUGGCGGUCGAGUAUUACAAUCCGCAGAGCGACCAGUGGACCACUGUGAGCCCCAUGAGAGCAGGGCAGUCUGAGGCUGGUUGCUGCUUACUGGACGGAAAGAUCUACAUCGUCGGGGGCUACAACUGGCACCUGAACAACGUCACGAGUAUUGUACAGGUGUACAAUACAGACACGGAUGAAUGGGAGAGGGAUUUGCACUUCCCGGAAUCCUUGGCUGGGAUUGCUUGUACACCGAUUGUACUUCCGCAGACACAUGUGGAAUAUCUGACCUCUUGGCUGUGAAGACCAGCGACGUGUGGUGAGAUGUUGGUGGCUGGUCAGGCAGAAGAGUCAUUCACUUUGGUUAAUUAAAUGUUUUCAAAUA